AAAUUAUCUACGGAAGCCAGCCGGGGCCAGGCUUUGGUGAGCGAGCCAAUUUUUGAAGAAAGUCAUGCAGAUGGUCAAUUGAGCCUCCACAAUGGCGUCUUGUGAAUCGAAUCAAGAAGGGAGCAAUGCUUUAUCUUCCGUUCGCAGCAGGAUUGCUGCUACUGGUGGCAUCAUCAGCUGCUGGAGAUGGUGGCGCUUCUCUCCUCCGACCAAGCAACCGCAGAGUGCAGGAAGAUCCUUGCGCCGUUUCUUUUGAUGAAGCCUCCGUGGCUGUCCCAACACUAUCUGCUGCUUUCAUGUUGAAGCCUUCCUAUGUCACUGAGUGCUUUGCCAGCAUUCCUGUCAAUAGAUCGCUUGCACUUGAACACAUUGAAAGCUUGAGACGAACCUUUGAGCAGUACUAUUGCUUUUACGAUAUCGCCAAUGACGCCGCCGACAGCAACCCAAUCAGCUUCCAAGAAGAACUAGGGUACUCCCUGUUUUCAGGCCCUCUGGAAGGACAAGUCAACCUAGAGGAAGAGCUCACCUCAUUGCUCGAUACCGUCGAUACCGAGGGGGCUACCAUGGCUACAUUUUUUGACAUUCAAACAAUCUUCAAUAAGCUCUACGAUGCUCAUGUCAGUUUACCCAUGCUGGCUGGUGACCUAGGGACACUGACAGGGUUUCAUGACAUGUACGUCUUCCCAGAGAGAAACUUGUUGGGCACGACCUACAACCAAAUCUUGGCUUGGACUCCGCAAUACAAUGAUGCGGGAGACCUGGAGCUCUCUAUCACCUUUGCUGGCAGUGAUGGGAACGAGAUGCCUGAGAACAUUGUUUCCAUUGACGGAAUGACACCGUAUGAGUGGUACUACGACUUGGUUAGCAAGCCAGAGCCUUCAGUGGUGUGGCCGUACCAAGCCAUUGGAGCAAGAUUGAAUGGGGCUUUUUCUUUCCUUGAACCCAACUCUGGAGUGGAUGCCUUUAGAAUUGUCACUAGGUCGCGGCCAAGCGCCACCCUUCCCGAUAGUUUCACCGUCACGUAUGCCACUGGAGAGGUGGAAACAUACUAUGCAGCACUUGCCUUUCGCGGGCUCAAUGCAACACAAGCAUACGAUUACGUGAACAGCAGCCCCGUUUUCCUCACACCUGGUUCCGCGUUUACCAACUUUGUUCUUCUCGCUCUCACUGUCAACGAGACGGUGGAAGAGAAAAGCGCACCACAUGAUUUGAAACCGGCACCCAAACGGAACGAAAUCGUCCCCGAAAAAAUCAAGACGACAAGAUCAAAAAAAGCUGCAAGUCAAUUCGUUUUUGAAGAGACAAUCCCAUUGCGAAAUGCACAGACUCUAGCCAUUGAGGAUAUGGCGGCGUUUUCGAUUGAGGAUGACUAUGCUGUGCUCAAAAUACAGAAGUUCAUUUUUGACAUAGACCUGCAAGGAAACAACUUUGCCAUGGUUGAAAUAUGGUCCAACUUUACUGCAGCAGCAAAGGCAAAAGGAAUCCGAAGAGCGAUGGUAGAUAUCAGUGGCAAUGGCGGUGGCGUUGCUACCUCUGGAGAUGCUCUGGCAAUUUCCAUGUAUCCCUUCAUUCCAUACGAGUUCUUUCAAGAUCAGUACGAUCAAACGUACAAUGAAGUCAUGAGGGCCACCCACUUGACAAUCUUUCCUUUCCUGGAAGAGCUAGCCGUAACCAUUCGCGGUUACUCGAAUGCUUUCCUUCAAGAGUAUUUGGAUUCCCUCCCUGAAGACAUCAAUGGAAGGAUUCAGUCACUUCUGUUGUCUCUGGCAAGCUUUUGCUGCAACACACAAGACCUCACCCAAUGCAGAGACCCACGAUGCCUGCCAAUGGGAGCUCUAAUCGAGUCACUGAAUACACUUGAUGAAUUCCCCACCGGUCCUCAACUGAGAAUAGUCUGGAACGUGCUGCUACAAAAUUUCGCCGCCUUUAAUGCUUUCAAUACACUUUUCUCUCUCCAACUUGAUCGAGUUGACCCGCAGCAGUCCUUCGAAGUCAUCCGUGGGGGCGAAAUGCAUAACUUGACAAACAGAUUCCCAUUCCUGACAGAGGCAGAAUACUACGAAAUCGUUGCUCGCGCAUUCCAGAAUGACUGGCAAUUUGACGAGUAUGUCGUUGUCUCCGAUGGGACAGCUGGGUCUACAACGGCAAUCUUUUCUUCCCGAGUGCAACAACUGUGGAACAAUCGGGACACAAUGUGGAACAAUCGCGAUGUACUCCCUGUCCCUCUCACCGCCGUUACGUACGGAGGCACAACGGACCCGUCCGAUACUACACUAGCAGGAUUUCCUGCUAGCGUACAAGGUGUCAACAUCGGCGUUCCGAUCAUCACCGCAGGCUUGCUGUACCUGCUAGAAUUCGUUUUGCCUCCUGACCAGGCAGCUCUUGUCAGAGUCAUCAACGAAGACGUCUACCAGCUUACUUUACCAAUCCCACCCUAUUUUGCAGAAGGCCAGCCGUCACUUCCCGUAAUCAACUACUACAGCAGGUUCAUGGAUCCGGGAGCGACCCCCCUCCAAUUCGUAAAGAUACCGAGCGACGAACAUAUCCAGAAGGUCUUCACGGGAAACAGUUUGGACGACCCAAGUGACUUGGGUGCCUUGUAUCGCGCUGCAGCCAAAGUUGGUUUUUCAUCUACCGACACACCAUUGGUUCCAGAAGAAAGCGAGGACGAAUCAUCAGCUGCUCCGGUGCUGGAAGAAAGCGAGGACGAACUAGCUACUUCCGGACCAACCGAAAGCAAGGAUGCAACUUGAACUGGUGACGAUGAAAGUCACGACAUGUAUGUACCGUGGAAAGGAAAUUGAUAGAGGAAACUAAGUCUAGUGCCUUGCUACCCGCUACCGGUAUGCACUGGAAAGCGAAUAAUGCUUUAGCAAAGAAAUGUCUAAAACUUGGUAGCACGUCUGUUGCACUCAUAUAUUUGCAACCAUGGGAGUCCAUGAAUCUCCCACUACCGGAACCGUAACCAGCGAAGCCUCGUUGUUUUUGUGGCUGUAGUGAAGAACAGGGAGUCGAGUCUGAUCGAUUCGAUUCGUGCUUGUAUCAUAUCACUCACAGCGCCAACCCCAGCACAACUACUACCAGCAAAGAUUUCACAGAGGCCAUUAGGAUUGUUGUUGCUGCUGCUGAUGUUGUUGCAGUGGCGACAAAUACUUCGGAUGCGGUCUUGCAGCAUUGGUCUGCCGUGGACAGCAGGAGGUCACAGUUUGCUUGACUCUGAAUCAUCUCCAGGAGAUAGGAACUAUCUCCACAAGUAAUUCCAGUGUUUUCAUCCAAUACCUUACUCAGAUUGGCCGCGGGUAUUCCUGUGCCACUGGGGCAAUAGACAUCCGAGCAAAUUUUGGGGGCUUCACGCCCAGGACAUUCACAAUAGGCUUGCAUAUCAAUCAGAUAGGUCAAAGAGUCCGCUUGUCGAAUUUUGGGGCACGCAUUGGCAGUCUGAACCUUGUACCAGUCGUUCAAUGCGGCACAAGAUUGACCGCCAUCCGCAAAUGGAAAUUCCAAAGCUGGAUUUGGCUCUCCACCGCCUUCACAAAAGGGACAUGGCGGUUCUGCGUCGUCGGCAGCAUUGGGGCAUCCACACCACUUUUGGUAUUUUUCUUGGAUAAGAGGACAAGUGAUACCAUCAUCGGUAUCGGGCAUUUCCAGAAUAUCUUUGCAUGUCAACCCGCCGCCAUCGGGCGAAUCAGGAAGGGCCAACCCAAGAUUGGCGUAUUCAUUGCUAUUGGCAUCACCACAAAGAUAGCAAGUAUCAAACUGCUGAUCGGAAGCGCAUCCACAAAAAUGAGCCCCUGAUGUUCGAUGCAAGUAGCACGCCUCUUCUCCAUCAGGUGUGGUGGUACUGGCAAAGCCGUGCCAGUCGGAACACGGGAUGCCACCAAAGCUAAGAGAAGCGUCAAAGGCACCUCCGACGCAAACAUCACACGGUGGCGGUUGUUGCUGAUCUUGUGCUCGAGCACAGACAAGAAAAAGAGAAGACAAAGCGAGUGGGAUGGCUUUCAUCAUCAUGAUUUGGUGUGUGCUUGGGGUAAAAGUAGAGCACCCACAAAGUCGAUCAGGAAGGAUUGUUUUUGCAAAGGCAUCGUUCUCGCAAAUCUGGCGAUGUUCUCUCGCACUGCUGCCAAAAAGAUUUAACGGAGCUCACAAAAGAUGUCGAUUUGCGACUAAAAUUGAGUCACGAGACUGAAUGAUCCAAUCGAUCGCGAUCGAUCGAACCAACAUGGUACCGGUACCGGUACGAGACGUGCUUCGUCACCAAAGUGUACUGUACUAGACAGGCUCCCAAAACAGUAAGUUUCAGCAUCAUAAAAUGGAAGCUCAGGCACCCCCCCCCCCCACCUGGAAGAGGAUCUGGUGGUGGGCUCGGUGGAGGGUGUUAAAAGGCGACAAGAGGAACCCAAGGAAACAAACGUGUCAAUAAGACCUCGGUGGGGCCAUUUCUCGAUCCGGAAAAGCAGCUUCCCGAAGAGCAUCGUCCACCAAAUUAGUCAGCUUCCCAUGAAGUCUUGCCUUCGAUGCACAUUGCUUUGGCAGCGCAAUCGAUAAGUGGACUCUCAAGUGGGCUAGCUAGUCAGAAUGGCUGUCCAUUGGUGAAAUGGGCAGAGUUCACGUGGUUGGGGACAUUGAAAUCUUGGUGUGGGCUUGUGAACGUGUCAAUUCAAUUCCCCUUGGGAUGCUUCCGUUCGAGUCGUGUCGUCGGCGGGUUCAGGAAAACACACCAUGGAUCCAUGAAUUCGUUCAACAAAACUACUAGGUGUGCGCCUCAUCACGCUCCCCCAGCCGCCCGGAUACCGGUACGGUAGACCGCCGACAACACUAAUUCAUGAAGUACUGCAUACAAACGAAUCUAUUAUUUCCUUGACGACCCAAACGUUCCCACUGAGGAAAUUUAUUUGUGGACGCACUUCUUCAAAACUAACUAUUCAAAAUUUCAGCUCCAAUGAUAUCAAACCACCGCUGCCACCACGGCUGAUAUGCUCUCCAUGACCGCUGUCACCACUUCGUUACUGCUCGCAUCAAAGCAGGCAGUAAUGAUCACCAACAAUGUGACAAGGCCCACAUCCACACUAGGACCAAAUAUCUCUACAUCAUUCUUCUCCCCCCAGUACCUCCAAAGAGCCACAUCUUCUCCCGUUUCCGGGUUGGUGCAAUACUUUUCCAGGGACAAUUUGGGACCCGAUCGUAUUUGAAAGAUUUGUUUGUUUCGCAGUUGAAACACCCCGAUUUGUUUUCCUUGGCGUCGGACUCGAGUGUGCAAAUAGAGCGGGGUGUUUUUU